AUGCCCAACAAAUUCAUUGAAUGGCGUGUGUUGCGCAUGAAAACUGGAGAAUCUAGUCCUGCUCAAGGUAUUGUCGGUCGCAGGCGCUCUUGCCGUGACGCUAGAGUUGGAUUCAAGGUAGAUUUGCGGCUGCUCCAUGAUUCAUAUGAAAUGAACACGACCUAUUUACCCUUGAAACUGCAAAAGAAGUUUCGAUGCGACGUUACAGCACAUCUUGAAGCACUACAGGCCUCUAAACAGGAAUUCGUUAUGCCCGUCUUCAUGGUGUUUGAUUUAGAACGAAAUGCACUUGUCCCUAUGCCAUUUCCCGCCUGUUAUCCACUAGACCAACCUGUUACGACCCUCCAAGAGACCAAGUAUCAAUAG